AGCUGCAGAGGAAUUUAUAACGUCAAGGAUAUUGGCAUGCAGAAUGGCGCGCUCGUAUUAUGGACGUGUUUCGGCGAGAGCAAGAGACGAACUGCGCAAAAUUUUGAAUCGUCUCAUUGUGGAUAACAACUUACAAGUGAGAAGAACUGCCGUCACAGUAUUAGCUUACAUUGAAAAUGAAGAUGAUGUCCAGUCCUACGGUUCGUACUUCACGUCAGCUUUGGAGAAAUACGCAGAGGAAGAAAAGGGUGGGCUACGCGAGAAAGGGGCACGACUGUUAAUCGACGUAUCUUCAUAUCCACAACUUUCUGAGGAAACAAGAGAAGCAAUAAUACCCGUCUUGCAAAAGUAUUCAAAACAUUCCUCGUGGGAAGUCCGACACAUGAUUGCUAACAACAUUUUGAAAGUUCUGAAAGCUCUGAAAGUACAAACAUUCAAAUCACGUCUAGCCAGAGUGCUUCAAAAUUUGUUAGCAGAUUCAGAACCUAUAGUUCGAACGGCAGCAGAUAAUCAAGUUGAAGAGUACUACAACUAUUUAAUCGAAACUGCAGAGGAGCCGUAAUCAUUUGCUGUAUUUUGUCACAAGACUUGGA